UCUGUCGCGCUCUUUCUCUAAAAACAAUCUUUUGAGGCCCAAAAAGACCAAAACUUUCCUAACUCAAACUUCCUCGAUUCGGAUUAAAUUCAAACUAUUAUUGUUUUUUAGAAGUUGGGUGAGAAUUUCCCAGUAUCGCUGCUGCCAGUGUUAUUUUCUUUUUCUUGUUCUUGAUGGGGAAAGGAGGAGGCUGCGUUCCCAGCAAGAAGAAGGCAGUGUCAGUCGUCGAUGAUCCUCCCUGCGACCGCGCCGGAGGGUUGGGAAACGCGCGGAUCGUAGUUGGGGAAAACGCCCUUGAUGCAGAUGCAGAUACUGGGGCCACAUCAAUCCAAGAAACAGCGUCGCACUCCCACACAGUAUUGAAAUUGAAGAUUUUUAUUGUGUUCUAUUCCAUGUAUGGGCACGUUGAAGGAUUGGCUAAGAGGAUGAAGAAGGGCGUCGAUGGAGUGGAUGGGGUGGAAGGGGUUUUGUAUAGGGUGCCGGAGACACUGCCAAUUCAGGUAUUGCAGCAGAUGAAGGUGCCGCCGAAGGACGAAGGCAUUCCGGAGAUCACGGCUGCGGAGUUGCCGGCGGCUGAUGGGCUUUUAUUUGGAUUUCCGACCAGAUAUGGGAGCAUGGCGGCGCAAAUGAAGGCAUUCUUUGAUUCAACGGGGCAGCUCUGGAAGACGCAAGAGCUCGCGGGGAAGCCUGCUGGAUUCUUUGUGAGUACUGGGACUCAAGGAGGUGGUCAAGAAACUACUGCCUGGACAGCAAUCACCCAGCUGGCACACCAUGGGAUGCUAUUUGUUCCUAUUGGAUACACAUUUGGACCUGGUAUGUUCAAGAUGGAUUCCAUAAGAGGGGGUUCUCCAUACGGUGCUGGAGUGUUUGCCGGCGAUGGAACGAGAGAGCCAAGCGAGACAGAGCUGGCACUUGCAGAGCAUCAAGGCAAGUAUAUGGCUGUGAUAGUCAAGCGGCUGGCCCUGUCUUCUUGAUGCUUUCUUGAUUUCAUUGUCUAUUCUUGUUGGGCAUCCACAUUUUUCUACCUUUCUGUCUUGUGGAAGAUUGGUUAUGGCAUUUUACUGUUGUAUUAGGUCCCCGAAAUAUGAUAGUCUGUUCCCUUGUCAAUUCCCAAGCUGUUCUUGGUUCUGCAUUGUUGUGAUGAAUGUUAUAGAUUUUUUUCAAGGGGGGGGGGUAAAAAAGAACAAAUAAUACUGUGAAUUUGUGUAUCUUCCGGUUCCCUAGUUGUGGUCUCUUUUUAUGGAUGUAUAGUGACGAUUUGGUUUAAUGAAAUUGAUUUAUUUUUGGAAGGACCAUCCGAUAAUUCCUGGCCAUUACAUCGUCUCGAGGUUUGUGGAUCAUCGUUUCAGCACUAGGUGACUGCUAUGCGUCUGUGUGUGUGUGUGUGUAACAUCACAUUUUUGUUGCCAAGCUAUUCAACCGUUCUUUGUGUAUUUUAAAUUGCCAGAUAUGAUCAAUCAAAACAUGUUUUUAAGACCGUACUUCACAAUAGCAAAAGAAUUUCAUAAUUAAUCUCUGUUGUGUACAAAAAUGGAGGGUGAUUGAGAGUUAAAAAAAAUUGAAAUGAAAUUGUGAGAGGUAAUGUUCAAGAGAUAGUGGGUUGGGCUGUUGUGUUCAAAUCCUCCUCUAUUAGUUUACAGAAGACGCAAGAAAAUAGGCCCAAAUCCAAAGUCAAAAUCUGUAGAUGGUUUUUCUUGUCCAAUAACUUCCAUCAUCUGAUUGCAUUUUUAGAUUCUUAUCUUAAUAGGCUGAGUUUUCAAUUAUUUAGGGUAUUAGUAUGUUGUGCUGUCAUUUAACCGUUGGAUUUGCCUUGCAGUGUAUGACAUUAUAUUUGUAAGACUUUUUUAUGAGAGAUGUGAACAUUUCAGUUUCCACUUAUCGAAGAUUCUCCCUUUUGCCUCUCUGAACUGUGUGAGAUUCUUAUUCAGUUUAGAUAAAGAUUAUGUUUUAUUUUGAUUGAACCCUCAGUCCUAACAAAUUGACAUUAGAGCCAGGUUAUUUCCAAGAUGGUGCAUACACGAUUUAAUAACUCCCAUGACUUCUCUAUUCCUACUUCUCCAAAUUUAUUAGAAUCCAUAGGGCAACAGUUAAAGCAACUCAUUACUCGUAUGAAUGACAUGGAUGAAAUUUCUGCCGAUUUAGCAGCUUUGCAAGAACAUCAUCUCAUAGAAGAUACUGGCAAAAACAAAAGCAAUGGAAUAGAUGCUUUAGGAGAAGAAGAAGAACGAGAUAUAUUUUGGUGGCUUCGAAAUCCUUCUAAGAAACCGCAUACGAAAAUGGAUUUUCCUAAAUUUGAUGGUGGUGAUCCCAGGGGCUGGAUCCUUAAAGCAGAAAAAUAUUUCAGAUAUUACCAAACACCAAAAGACAUGAAAGGUGAUGUUGUUGCCAUGUAUUUAGAAGGAGACGCACUCGACCUCUUCGCUUGGGCAAAUUCAGAAUUUUGGGCCAGCAGAGUUUCAAAAUGCCGAUGAACAAACUCAAAUAGGUGGGUAUGGUGCAAGAAUAUUGGCAGGAAUUUGCUGAGAGGUCGGCAAGAGUCUGCGACUGGCCGAAGCAUUGUUUAUGAGGGAAUUUUUUGAAUGGGCUUAAGCAAGAGUUGCGGGCUGAUGUUAGUGUACGAAAGCCCAGAACUGUUUAUAAAGCCCUAAGCUUGGCUUCGGUAUAUGAAUCCAACUCCAAUAUUCUAAAUUACCCAAAUCAUCUGGGGCUUCUCAAAUGAAUCGGGCUUCAUCUACUUGGCAAUCGAGAGAUAAUAAAGGUGCGAUUUCAACUUCUGCAAGCACAUCGCUCUUUCUCUCUCCAACAUGCGGUGCAUGAACUCCACUUAGGACACAGAAAAAUGGCAACAUCGUGACAAGGGACUCUACUUUCGUUAUGGAGAUAAAUUCGCCCCAGGCCAUCGCUGCAAAAAUGGAAACUGACUUUAAUGGAAAUCACAAAAGAGCACGAUAUGGAGAACGAAGGUUCAGAAGCGAAAGUUCAAUGGAAGACCAAAAUGUUCAUGCUGAAAUAUCCCUUCUUGCCAUUCUUAGACAUCCAGCGAGUGCUACUAUUAAGGUGGAAGGAUUAUUGAAGCAACGGAGGGUGAUUAUUGUAAUCGAUAGCUAUCCAUAAUUUCAUCUCUUCUUCUCUCGUGAAAGAUCUGCACAUUCUUACUAAACCAAUUACUCCCUUUGGGAUACAAAUUGGUAACGGUCAUAUCAUUCACUGCAAUGAAGUUUGUCCUCGAGUUUUAAUCCAAAUUCAAUCACUAGAAAUCUUUCAA